CUCUGCGCCACUCACACUGAGCCGGAGCUGGACACCCGAGCCAUGGACGCAAAGGAGGAGAAGAGUGCCGCCGAGCAGGGAGCGCAGCUCCUGGACCUCAGCUUCAACCUGGUCGCUCCUGCUCCAGAGCCGAAAGGUGACCUCACCUCUGGUCAGCUGGAGAAGCCGCCGUACUCGUAUGUGGCUCUCAUCGCCAUGGCCAUAAAGGACAGUCCGGGGGGGAGACAAACCCUGAGCGGAAUUUACGACUACAUCGUCUCCAAGUUCCCCUACUAUGAGAAGAACAAGAAAGGUUGGCAGAACAGCAUUAGGCACAACUUGUCUCUGAAUGAGUGCUUUAUCAAGGUCCGCAGGGAGAGCGCUGCUGACAGGAAGGGCAACUACUGGAUGUUAGAUUCUGCUUUCAAUGAGAUGUUCGAGAAGGGCAACUACCGGCGGAGGAGGAGGGUGAGGAGACCCUACAGACCCCCGAGUGUGCCUUACCUGCCCGGGAACCCCGUGGAGUAUCCCGUGGAUCCAAUCUACCUGCAGCCUUACGUGAACAGCUCGUGGAGCCUGUGCCCGCCGCAGCCCGGCUCGUCCCAGCCCACGGGAUACCCAUCACCUUCGGUCAUCAGCGGACACUCCCGCAGCUUGUCCCCGACCACCUCUUUCUAUCCCCCAUCCCACUUCCACCACCACCACCCUCCGUGCGGCUCCUGCCGCCACCUGCCCGUGCUGGUGCCCCACACCGGUUAUCCAUUUGGCGGAGUGACGCAGCCAGUGAGCCCGGACGGAGGCAACGUCUCCGUGGCAUGUAACUACCAACAGUACACCACGUACGCCAUGCACGCAGAGGCGCAGCUUACUCAUUCGUUUAACCAGUGAUGAGCUUUUGAUUUAAUUCCAACCAUUAUCAGCCACUUCACGGACUCAACGUUCAUCUGCCUCCAUUUCAAUUUGGUUGUCAUUCCUUUGUCACAUAAUGAUUUGUUAGUUUGACAAAAUGUUGGUCAAAUUUUGUUGACUUUGUAACAAACAGUUUGAUAAGUUUUGGUUAUUGUUUGUUCCUAAUAAUGACAAGACUUACCGUCAGAAUUCACUGUAUUUUGCUUUAGCAUCAAGAAUGGACCGCAGGAAAAGACCUGAUUAGGAUGUAUUCUAAAACAAAAUAUACUUUUUAUUACUUUAUGUUUUACAUAAUUUUUUGAAUAGGCCUGCACGAGUGUAUCUAAGUUAUUUAUUUCUUUUCUUUGCCUUUAUCUAAUUCUCGGAGGUGUUUUGUCCAACAGUGAGCAACAUUGAUUCAUUUGAUUACGAAUGUUUUCUAGAUAUAAAAUGUCAUGUUUGUUCAAAUAAAAUGUUAUUUUUGCAA